AUGACUGGAAACCAGAACCCCGGAAAUUUUGCAAACCGCCCCCAAGAGGAGGUCCAGGAUAUUGCAUCAAAGGGUGGGCAGGCGAGUCAUUCGGGCGGCUUUGCCAGUAUGGAAGCUAAUAAGCAGAGAGACAUUGCCUCUCAAGGAGGCCAGGCAUCGUCUGGAUCAUUUGAGCCUGGAAGCGAGAAGGCUAAGGAGGCUGGGAGGAAAGGCGGUUCAAAGUAG